UAACCGCGAAUAUAAACAGAGCCCGAAAGAUUUCUAGACCGUUAUCACUCACGCCGUCUGCCUCACGUUCACAGCACUAUUGACACAGAUUGCUUCACAAUCUCGCUUGCGACGGACGUGUUCCCUUAUCACCAAGACACAGAGUUCAAAAUAACACCAAAACAACGCUGGAACAAGAGAAUCCUUUAACUCUAGAUAGCGUCGAGCGGUUUAGAAUUUAUUUCCUGCUGAUUAGAGCUUGUUUUCCAGUGUAAAUAAGAAGCUACUCAGUAUCGUUGGAAUUAAAGCCGUAGUGCACUGACUUUAAGUCGUUAUUCGUUUGUAGAUGAUAGGUAAAUAGUGCUGUGAAUAUAGUUAUAAAAGUAGUGAAUGGAAAGAGAUAGCUCUUUUUGUUAUUGUUAUUUUAUAAAUAAGUGCUGUGAUAUUAUUUAAAAUGGUGUAUACAAUAGGAAGUCAUAGUGAGGAAAUAAAGAAGGAUGGUAGCAAAGGAAGUGUUUGGAAAGAAUUACUGUUUGCUUUUAUAGCCAGCGUUCCAUUCUUCACACAAGGAAUCGAAGCUGACGCGCUAACAUCGACUGCGCACGCUGGCAACUUCGGGUCCCAGGCGCCAGGCGCCCACGUGCCCGGCACCCAGGUGACAUGGGGGACCAUGGCGCACGUGCUGGCGGCCGCGGCGGCGGCGCCGAUGCUGUGUUGCGUGAUAGAGAGGUUCGGGCGGAAGGUCGGGAUAUUCAUCGUCAGCUUAGUGCAAGGGAUAUCCUGCAUACCCCUUCUUUUGGAUGUCAAUGAAAUCAACAUCAUAGCUCUACACAUACUGGCUGGAAUAUCAUCAGGCGGCCUGUAUACCAUCUUCCCGAUAUACAUCCGUGAGAUCAGUUCCAUACAAAACAGAGGGUUUGCUCUCUCUCUGUUCAUGCCAAUGACGGCAGCAGGGUAUCUGAUGAGACUGGUUACAGAUGUAGACGCGCUGAUGUUCUUGAUGGUGGCACUUGUGGUGUUUCAAUUGAUCACGGUGUUCUGUCUAUUGGAAUCCCCGAGUUACUUGGUCAUGAAAGGGAAUCAUGAGCGAGCAAAAUUAACAGUGUCUAGAUUAAAAUGCCUGCCGCCUGAACAUCCGACCGUGAUACAAGAAGUCGCCAGCUUGAAGGACGAAAGCGACCGAGCGAGAGCUGCGGGGAAAUUGCAUACGAUAACAAUAAUUAAAAACCCGAUAUGGCGCGACGCCACCAAAAUCGGCGUGGUCCUCCACAGCACCAUGAUCCUGAGUGGCAGUAUCAUCUUCUUGGACCAGCACAAGACUCUGGUCCAGCUGGGGUCACCAGCAGACCCUGACAGGGUGCUCACGCUGGCUUGCUUCUGCGCUGGCAGUUUGCUGUGUACAACCGUCAUACGAGUUAUGGAAAGAAAUUACCUCCUAACCAGCGCAUUCUUCGUGAUGGCUGUGUCAAUGGGUAUACUGGCGGUGUACACGCAGGCCGACCUGACGGUGUACACGUUCCGCUGGGUACCCGUGGCCGCACUCGGAGUACUCGUGGCAGCGUACGGCGUGGUUUGGGGGCUACCCGCGCUGGUGAUAACGGAGCUGUUUAACUGUGAGAUCCGAUCUCACCAGCUAGCUCUCCUGUACGUGUACUCCCAGUUCAUAAAACUGGCGCACGUGUACUCCUUCCCAUAUAUCGAGGACUACAUGGGCGUGUACAACAUGUUCUAUAUAUUCGUCGGCAUCAACCUGUUCGGGGCGGUGUACUGCCUGUUCCAUAUACCGCAGCUUAAGAAUAAGACGACGAGACAGAUCGAAAGGCAACUGAAGAGAAUACCGCUUUUGAAGAUGUAAACUAGUACUAUGCGAAUCUUUUUGCACAGUAGUGUUGUGAUGGAUGGCCACUGCAGUUACAUUACUGUUGAAACAUUACUGCCACGGCGUUGACGAUGUACCUGUCAAUUUCCUCGAUAAAAUGUGUGCCGGAUUGCACGUCAUAAUCGCGGCAGUAAUGACACACAUAUAUAUAUGUAUAUCAAAUGAAUGAGUGAUGAUGGUUGGUGGCGAGCGUCAAGAAAAUUCACAGAUACAGCGGCCGCUUUCACGCCACAGCAGUGAUGCUGCCACAGUAAUGCAACUAAAGUUGCCAUCCCACCUUUACUCUGCAACAUUGCAAGUGCAGCGGCAAACGUCACUAUCACGUGAGAGGGCCUACCGCGAAACACGAAAAUCGAAUUUCCUUUAUCUGUCACUCCAUCACUCUUGCAUAUUCGACCUACUUGUAACGAAAAUUUGAGUUUCGUGCUUCACGGUAUGCCCUCAGAUAUCACUAUCGAUUUCUUUGAGAUUGCGAUGCUGUCGUUGCUUCAUCCCUGUAGUGAUUAGACCGUUCCAUGCACGACUAAUUUUAUCAAAGAGAUUGUCAGUGACAUCACCAGUUUCUCGCUGCUGGAAUGCUGCAGUAGUAAUACUGUUGGCAGUCGCGAUUAGGACGUAAUCUUAAAUGAGACUGCCGCCUAACGCAGUCUGGCUCAACCAGGCCCUUAUACAGUUUUAUCGGAUAUACAAUUAGAUAUAAGUUUGCAAUUUUAUAAAUGGAACAAAUACCAAAGUAGAGUCAGUCUAAGCUACUUUGUACCGACUUGAACAGGACAAAGCGUGUCAUUAUUAAACAUCAUAGGAAUUUGAUAUUAAUGAUAAUACUGCCAUAUUUUGUCAUUGAAAAUCAUAUGCAGUGUUAGCUUGGUCCGACUCUACCAGUCAUGUUAAGGUCCCUUUUUAUACGGAAAGACUCACAUCAAGUUGUUGAAUAGUUUAAAAUGGAAAAUGUGAAUCGUUUAGAUGUACCUAAAUAGUAGGCACUUUUGCUUAGAAAUAAGUUAAAUCUAUGUUAAAUGCUUAAAACAGUUAACGUAUGUAUAAAGUAAUGGGCGUAACUUGGUUAAACUUGUAAUGUGACAUGACAUGUAUAUAAAGGUUGUAUAAAUGUUUAUAGCAUACCUGAAUAAAAUAAAAACAUACUUAUAUAAAUCUAAUAAAUUAACUGCAAUUUUUA